CUUUGCCGAGGCCCCGCGCACAGACCUCAGGGGGCUCUCACCUCUCCCGGCCCCGAGAACAAUGCCCGUCCUCUCCGCGCGCAGGAGGGAGUUGGCAGACCACGCGGGGUCGGGGCGGCGGAGCCGGCCGAGCCCCGCGGCCGGGUCGGGGCCCUACUUCUUAGCUUCGAGCGCCUCUCUGACCCGGGCCGCACACCUAUCAGGUCGGGGGACGUACGUGCGCCGCGACACGGCGGGAGGCGGGCCGCACCGCGCCCGUUCCGUCGGCCCUCCCGGAACUAGUCUCCGUGGCCGCCGCGCCCACGGGAGCGGAGAGCGCUGGUGCCCCGGAGCCUUCGAGUCGGGGGCUAGAGCGGCCAGGCCGCCGAGCCGGGUCGAGCCCGGGAAGGCGACGGCUGCGUCACGCGAGGGGGCGGGGCCGCCACGGGCGGAGGUCGGAGCCGGAAGCGGAAGAGGCGCUCGGAGCGGGGAGUGGGGCCUAGCAGCAGCUGGAGCCUGGGAGACGAUGCAUCACUGUAAGCGAUACCGCUCCCCUGAACCAGACCCGUACCUGAGCUACCGAUGGAAGAGGAGGAGGUCCUACAGUCGGGAACAUGAAGGGAGACUGCGAUACCCAUCCCGAAGGGAGCCUCCCCCACGGAGAUCUCGGUCUAGAAGCCAUGACCGCCUGCCCUACCAGAGGAGGUACCGGGAGCACCGUGACAGCGAUACAUACCGGUGUGAAGAGCGGAGCCCAUCCUUUGGAGAGGACUACUAUGGAUCUUCACGUUCUCGUCAUCGUCGGCGAUCGCGGGAGAGGGGGCCAUACCGGACCCGCAAGCACGCCCACCACUGCCACAAACGCCGCACCAGGUCUUGUAGCAGCGCCUCCUCGAGAAGCCAACAGAGCAGUAAGCGCAGCAGCCGGAGUGUGGAAGAUGACAAGGAGGGUCACCUGGUGUGCCGGAUCGGCGAUUGGCUCCAAGAGCGAUAUGAGAUUGUGGGGAACCUGGGUGAAGGCACCUUUGGCAAGGUGGUGGAGUGCUUGGACCAUGCCAGAGGGAAGUCUCAGGUUGCCCUGAAGAUCAUCCGCAACGUGGGCAAGUACCGGGAAGCUGCCCGGCUAGAAAUCAACGUGCUCAAAAAAAUCAAGGAGAAGGACAAAGAAAACAAGUUCCUGUGCGUCUUGAUGUCUGACUGGUUCAACUUCCAUGGUCACAUGUGCAUCGCCUUUGAGCUCCUGGGCAAGAACACCUUUGAGUUCCUGAAGGAGAAUAACUUCCAGCCUUACCCCCUACCACAUGUCCGGCACAUGGCCUACCAGCUCUGCCACGCCCUUAGAUUUCUGCAUGAGAAUCAGCUGACCCACACAGACUUGAAGCCAGAGAACAUCCUGUUUGUGAAUUCUGAGUUUGAAACCCUCUACAAUGAGCACAAGAGCUGUGAGGAGAAGUCAGUGAAGAACACCAGCAUUCGAGUGGCUGACUUUGGCAGUGCCACCUUUGACCAUGAACAUCACACAACCAUCGUGGCCACCCGUCACUAUCGCCCGCCUGAGGUGAUCCUUGAGCUGGGCUGGGCACAGCCCUGUGACGUCUGGAGCAUCGGCUGCAUUCUCUUUGAGUAUUACCGGGGCUUCACACUCUUUCAGACCCACGAAAACCGAGAGCACCUGGUGAUGAUGGAGAAGAUCCUAGGGCCCAUCCCAUCACACAUGAUCCACCGUACCAGGAAGCAGAAAUAUUUCUACAAAGGGGGCCUAGUUUGGGAUGAGAACAGCUCUGACGGCCGGUAUGUGAAGGAGAACUGCAAACCUCUGAAGGUCAGUUUCUGGCUUCCCCAGCUCAACUCAUCCCAAGGAGAGACCCCAGGCACUGGGCAGACAUACAUCAGACAGGCCAGGCCGCUAAAGGCUGCCUCCUCGAUCCAGCUCUAUGGGAGGCGACACCCAAGACUGCUGGGUGCUGGCAGUGAGGCUUCUUGCAAACUGCUCCAGAGGGGCCCUUAGCCCUACCCCUUCCCCAUAGGGUGGCUAUGAAUUUAAUUGGGGAACACCGGAAGAGCCAGAUGUCAGAAACCCUGCUGCUUCCUGUCCCACUCACCCUCUGUCUCAAAAUUUUGGGAAGAACUAGGCAGGACUGAGGUGAGGGGGAGGGAAGACCUAGACAUGGCCAGGAAGCCUCUGUCAACUGCAUUUGGUGCUCGGACAAGUGAAUUUCGCAGAGGUGAUCUCUACCCACCUGUCAGGACUUUGCAUGUGGGGGCAGAGGCAUCAACCCAGCAAGACGCCUAGUAGCCUGGCAAGUUCCGAGCAAAACGUUAAACACGGGCAUGAAAGGAAAGGAGCUGCUCACUGUCCAGGAGGGCGGAAGUAGAGUCCUCCAAGGAGGCAUCACUGCCUCCUGGAUCCAGUCCAGCAAGGCAUCCCAGAGGCAAGGGGACCUGCUGUGGCUUC